UCCACUUCCGUUUAAAGUGACGUGUUUCCCAUGUGUUGAUAGCGUUUCCUGUUGAACGUUCAUUUCAAGUUUAUGAGAUAUUUGGGCUCAGUGUUAGAUUAUUGAUCAUUGAUCAGUUGAUCUGACGUCCAUCAUGUCGAGUCGCGCUCUGCGUAGGCUGAAGGGCGAGCAGCGCGCUCAGGCCGCUUUAAACACGCUAAAACUCACCGAUGAAGAUGAAGAGGAGCAGAUGAAGAGUGACAAAACUGCCCAUAAGCAGAAGAACACCAGCAACAUCUUUGAGCUGAUUGGUGAGGCUGAUGUGGAUGUAAGUGUGUCAGAUGAGGAGACAGCAGAGAGAAUCUGUGACAGACAACAAGAAGGAGCUCCACUAGAGAAAGAUGCCGUGAAGAAUGAGAAGUCAAACAAAAAAAAGAAAAAAAAGAAGAAAAAGACUCCAGCUGAGAAUGGAAGGGACGAUUUGAGUGUGGGAGAUGAUAUUGAUGCUUUGUUAGAGACCCUGGAGAAGAAAAAAGGCCCAUCAUACCAGAGCGCAAACAACAGUGCCUCUGAACACAGACCUGUACUGUACGUGGAACACAGGAAUCUGAAUCCAGAGACCGAGCUGAAGAGGUAUUUUGGAGCUCGCGCUGUUCUGGGAGACCAGAGAUCAAAACAAAGACAGAGGCAGUUUCAUCGGUGUACUUGGAUGACUGUUUUCAAAGAAACAUGGCCCCGCUUCAGUCGACCAGGUAUCUCCAUGAGUCUAGUGGAGUCUAAAGACGGCAUUCAGCGCUUCACCUUUGAACAUAAUCGUGACUAUCAGCAAGUCCAGUUCAAGUUUCUCGAUGCGGUUGAGUCAAUGGACCCCAAUAACUUUGUGCUUGGGAAGAUGGUUGGCAUGGUGUGUUUUCAAAUACACAUCAUAAGUGAAAAAAGGGCUUUAUAUAGUUUUGAGUGUGCAUUCCACCCUGUGUUCAGCCUGACGUCAGGCACGUGUCGACUGGACUACUGCAGACCAGAGAACAGGGCCUUUUAUUUAGUGUUGUUCAAGCAUAUGAUAUUUCUGGAGAAGAGAGGUUGUCCACGUACAGCCCUGGAGUACUGCAAACUGAUUCUGAGUCUGGAUCCAGAUAAUGACCCUCUCUGCAUGCUGCUGAUCUUUGACUUCCUGUGCCUGCGCUGUCGCGAGUACACCACCCUCAUCCGACUCUAUGAGGAAUGGGAGGUCCAUCGAAAUCUGUCCCAGCUGCCAAACUUUUCCUUUUCUGUGGCUCUUUCCUACUAUCAUCUGAGCCAACAGGAAGACAUUUCACCUGUGGAGAACCAACAGCUGAAGCAGAAAUCCAAUGUACUAUUGCAAAACGCUCUCAUCAUGUUUCCUGGUGCACUGAUGCCCCUUUUGGAUUUAUGCACAGUUCAACCUGAUGCUGUGGUGUCUUCUCACGCAUUCUUUGGGCCAUCAAGUCAAAUCGGGCAGCCUCCUGCACUCUCAGAGUUAGUGUCCCUAUAUGUGGGCCGCUGUCACAGCCUGUGGAAAGAGGCUGGAUUGAUGCUGUGGUUGGAGGAGAAUGUCAGAAAAGUGCUAAAGAGGGUUGACUCGCACGAUCCUUAUUUGGAGGACUGCCAAAAUAAGAGGAAGCAGCGAUACCAGAGUGCUCCCAGGAACAUCCAUAGACAUGUGCUGAUGUCUGAGAUCAAGGAGGCAACAGCUACCCUUCCUUUAGAAGUGACCACACAGCCAGGAAUGGGUUUUGACCCUCUCCCUCCUCUGGACUCCAUUGUGUCUUACAUCAGACCAGAAAGGCAGAACAUGGGGGCCUCAAAUGAAAGCACAUUAUCUUUGUUUUUCCGAUCACUGCUACCAAACUUCAACCUCCAGGGUUGCGUUGUGGUCAUCUCAGGGUGCAGGUCCACCAUCUGGUCUGGAUACUGACUGAAUCUGGCUGAAUAU